AAAGCUUUUCAGAACAAGCAUGGGUGAAAAAAAGCUCUUGAAACCCACCUUGGAGACUCCGGCUUGUUGCAGGCCUUGGGAAUAUUUGUGCAGUGUCUAAGGCAGCUGCCUCUCCACCUCUUGGGCACGCAGCUGGGGGUUGUGUCGGCUGAACCUCAUCCUCCAUGUCCAUGGGUCGUGGCCAUGCUCAGCAGUCGCAUGAGUGGGAAGAGCAGUUAUAGUCCGUACUCUGCUGGGCUGCGGAGGAAGGUCUCAAAGGCCAGAGGGCACGUUCUGGAGACGGUCUCCAACCGAGCCAGCGUGUGGCUGAAGGACCUGCCACGGCGCGAUGGCCUGGACACGUCGACCUCCAGCCUCGUGGAUUUGUCUCCGGCGGGCGCUGGGGGCACACUCAAGCGCCCGACCAGCCUCAGCCGCCAUGCCAGCGCGGCCGGAUUCCCUCUAUCCCCGGCCAUCCCCUGGGGCUUCGCCAAGGGACACAGGGCCCAGGCAGCUCACAGCCCCUGUGAAGGCAUCGAAACCAGCUUGACAGAGCCGGAGGACAUUUCACAGCUCCUCGCCGACGUGGCGCGCUUUGCGGAGCGGCUGGAGAAACUGAGGGAUGUGGUCCUGAGGGAGGAUGGGCUGGAGUCCAGGCGAGCGUUCGCCCACGAGUGCCUCGGGGAAGCUUUACGGAUUCUCCGGCAGGUCAUCAGCAGAUAUCCUCUGCUGAACACCCUGGAGACUUUGACGGCGGCAGGGACGCUCAUCUCCAGGGUCAAAGGUUUCCAUUACGAAUCCAAUAAUGAAACAGACAAACGGGAAUUUGAAAAGGCCCUGGAGAUGAUCGCCGUCUCCUUCAGCAGCACGGUCUCCGAGUUCCUCAUGGGGGAGGUAGACAGCAGCACCCUCCUCUCGAUCCCUCCUACUGAUCAGAACCAGUCUAUGGAAAACCUGUAUGGAGGGAUUGCUGGGCAGGGUCCGGAAGAGGUGUUGGACAGCAUGGAAGACUUCAGCUCAAUCCGUCUGUCGGCCGAAGAAGUGGAUGUCCUCCUGCAGAAGUGCGAGGGAGGGGUGGAGGUUGCCCUCAAGUACGCCAAGAACAUCUCCAAGUACAUGAAAGACCUCAUGUACUACCUGGAGAAGAGGACCGCCCUAGAAAUGGAGUUUGCCAAAGGACUACAGAAGAUGGUGAAUUCCUGCAAGCAAACGAUCAGCCAGGAGCCCUUCAUGCCAUUUUCCUCCAUCUAUUCCCUGGCGCUGGAGCAAGAUGUGGAAUAUGGAGCCAGCUCCCUGCAAGCAGCCAUCACUUUGCGAACGGAAACAUUCCUGCAGCCGUUGACUGCAAGGCGUCUUGAACAUGAAAAGCGUCGGAAAGAGAUCAAGGAGCAGUGGCACCGCGCCCAGCGGAAGCUGCAAGAGGCCGAGAGCAAUUUGCGGAAGUCCCGGCAGAUGUACAUGCAACGCUCGGAGGAGUCCGAGAAGGCCAAACACGUCAUGGUCAAGGCAGAAGAAGAACAGCUAGUGGCCAGCAGCAGUAGCAGCAGCGCCACCACCACUAAGGCCCUGGACAAGAAGCGGCGAGUGGAGGAGGAGGCCAGGAACAAGGCUGAAGAGGCCAUGGCUACUUACCGGACCUGCAUCGCCGAUGCCAACACGCAGAAGCAGGAGUUGGAGGACACCAAAGUGACUGCCUUGCGUCAGAUCCAUGAGGUGGUCAAGCAGAGCGACCAGAUCAUAAAAUCGGCCACCAUCUCCUUUUACCAAACGAUGCACAUGCAGACGGCGCCGCUGCCCGUCUACUUCCAGACCUUGUGCGAGAGCAGCAAGCUGUAUGACCCCGGGCAGCAGUACGCCUCCCACGUCAAGCGGCUGCAGAGGGGAGGCGAGCCGGAGACGCAGUAUGACUUUGAGCCGUACGUCUCGCAGAACAACUGGUCUCCGCUGACUCGGGCACGAAAAACGAGCUUCACCACCAGCGACUUUGCGACCGUGAGUGGAUCUGACGUGGCCGGCAAAGAGGAUGCGGCCUCCGAGGGAGAAGGCGCUGCCAUGCAGAGCCGGUCAGCCAACCUUGAGCGGCGAGGUGGGCGGGGUCACCAGGCACACAAGUCCUGGCCAACAACUAUUGCAGAGACAAAGAGCAGCCUGGAAUCCCAUGCCGCGAGCUCAGGUGGGUUUCCCCAGAAAUCCCAGCAGAUGCCUUCCAAUGGGACAUUGUCUCCCGGAGAGGAGUCAGAUGGAAAUUCGCCUUCAUUUGAGCAGAGUAUCAACGACAUGACCCCAGAAAUCACACCCACCGGCCCUUUCCGGAACAUCGGCCUAUCCAAAGCUGCCCAGACCCACAGGCUGAGGAAGCUGCGGACCCCUUCCAAAUGCCGGGAAUGCAACAGCUACGUCUAUUUUCAGGGAGCUGAAUGCGAAGAGUGUUACUUAGCCUGCCACAAAAAAUGCCUGGAGACGUUGGCCAUUCAGUGCGGGCACAAGAAACUCCAAGGCAAGCUGCAGCUCUUUGGGAGGGACUUUGCCCAGGCCUCCCACACCAGCUCUGAUGGGGUGCCUUUCAUCGUGAAGAAGUGCAUCGGCGAGAUCGAAAGGCGAGCCAUGAAAACAAAGGGCAUCUACCGUGUCAACGGGGUGAAAACCCGAGUGGAGAAACUCUGCCAGGCCUUUGAGAACGGGAAAGAGUUGGUUGAGUUGUCUCAGGCCUCCCCGCACGACAUCAGCAACGUCCUGAAGCUCUACCUGCGGCAGCUUCCGGAGCCCAUCAUGCCCUUCCGCAUGUACAAUAGCCUCAUGGGGUUGGCCAAGGAGAGCAUGCAGGGUGGUCCCGAGGUCAAGGCCGGGAAAAGCAUCACCGAGCUGGUGGACAAAGGACCCGAGACGGAGAAGGUGGUGGUGACGCUGGUGACAAAGCUGAGGGAGCUGCUGAGGGAGUUGCCGCCCGAGAACUUGGCCACUCUGAAGUACAUCGUGCUGCACUUGAGGAGGAUUGUUGAAGUCGAACAAGACAACAAGAUGACCUCUGGCAACCUUGGGAUUGUCUUUGGCCCCACGUUAAUGCGACCGCGGCCGACCGAGGCCACCAUCUCCCUCUCUUCUCUGGUCGACUACCCCCAUCAGGCUCGCAUCGUCCAAGCCCUCAUCAUCUUCUACUCUGCCAUCUUUGAAACUGAUGGCACAUUUCCAGAAGGGUCGGAAGAGACAAUGAAGGAAGACAGAGGUGCAAUCGCUAACCAGGAAGAAACAUGCCCACAGCCACAUGAUGGAGUCCCAUACCUUGUGGCAUCCGAUGAGCAGGAAGAGGCUGCCCUUCAUGAAGACCUGUACAGAGAAUCCAGUACUCAUUUCAUCGAUUCGGAUUCCGACCCAGACGAUGAAACAGAGGCAGGCGCCGAAAGAGCUCUGCGGGUGGCCUCAGCUCCGCGAGGCAGUGAAACAAGUGGCGACGAGGAAACACCAGAUGAAGCCAGCGAGGAAGGAACACUGAGCCGAACAUGCAGCGUCGGGCAGUCGGACUCCGAGGAUGUCUUGGUGCCACAGCGCUCCCCAAUCCAGGGGGAAGGCUGCUGGGAUCCGGAGGAGGAUGCCGUUUUCAGGAGAGGGGGCGACAGGGAGAAUGCAGAAGGGCCCCCGGAAGGCUACACCACCAACUAGUCCAAUAACACAACCUUUUUGUGCCUGCUUUUCGGCUGCAAGAUAUUAGGGCAAGAACCCAUAACCACCAUUUUCCUGGCCUCCAAAAUGAAAUCAUGCAAUGAAAACUUGAGCAAAGAGGAGGAGAAAGCAGCCUGGAUUGUAAAGGUUGGCAAUGAAUAGACAGAACUCCAGGACCACUCCUGCAAAGUGGAUGAGCCAAAAUACUUUUUAAUCCCGCCUUUUAAACACAAAGGUGGUUAUCUGUCCUCCCAUUUUGGAAUUCUCCCUAAGACUGGAGAGACAUCUGCAAAAUGCACAGAAAUUAAGGCAGGGCAGAGCGAGCCGUUUAAUUAUUAUUAAUCGCCUUGCCCAGAGCCAGAAGGAAGACCUCCGUGUAGCAUCGAGUGGGGUUUCAAAAAAGGGGGCAGUGGGUUUUUUUUACCUGUUGCACACCUCUGCUUUCUGUGAUCCCCAAGAAAAUAUACAUAACUCAUUAAGCUACAAAUAUAAUGAAGUAAAAGUCUGCCAUCCACAUACUUUAUGUGGCUUGUCGCCACUGAGCCUAGUUUGCUGGAUGAAUUCAAUCUCACCUUUCAAUCCAGCAAAACUGCAUCUCUGCGCAGGGACCACUUAGACCAAGAGCAAAAGAUAUAAAUCCUUUCAUGAACAGGAGUUGCUAGGGAAGGCUGGUAGCUCAGUGGCAGGCAAAGUCCCAGGUUCAAUCCUCAAUGGCUUCUCCAGGAAGGGCCGGGAAAGUCCUCUCUCUCAAACCUUAGAGAGCUGCUGCCAGUCAGUGUAGACUGUGCUGAAUAGAUGGAGCAGUUUCAGUAUAAGGCAGGCUUCUACAUUCUGCUCCUAGGUAUUUAAGACUCAAGACCCACGUCACGUAUUUAUUUCUGCACAAAUUAAGAUGGCGGGUCGCUGGGAUUGCACCAGCACUGUGCUUCACAGCAUGCCCAGCCCUCAUAUAAACUAAGUCUUAGAAAAUAUAUAGUAGUAUUUUGAAAGGAAAGAAGGGGGAAAACUGGGGCUCACUGUAAAAGAGACAGGUCUUAAGGCUCCCUGUGUCACCCCUAAUAACGUGACAGUUCCGCAGAAUAUGUGAGACAGUAACGGAGAAGAGAGCCUUUUUACAAGGCUAGCAGAUCCAUGGAAUUGUAUGCAAAAACCAUUUUUAGCAUUGUUACAGAAGGCCCCGCAGGAUUAGGCCCAUCUAGGCCAGCCUCCUGUUCGCACAGUGGCCUGUCAACGGGAAGCCUGCAAGGGGAACCUCAGCACAACAGCACUAUCUUGUACCAGUGGCUUAACACAGGACGCUGAAUGAUCUUUCAAGACUCUUUCAUCCUUUAACAAGAAUGGCAUUUUUGGCAAAUCGCAAGGCAGCAGCAUUUUUCUUUGAGGGGACCCGAGAGAGACUAAGGUACCAUGGCAUGUGAGUGUUUUGUGUUUGUAAAGAAUGGAUGAGGGAAGAGAGUUGAGGUUCAAGUCUUAAUAUCUUCUGCUUUUAAUUAUUUGUAGAUAACAUUUUCUUCCUAUAUGGAGGAGCAAGCCUGAGGAUGCGCUGGGUCGCUUUUUAAAUGCUGCACUCUCAAUCCUGUACCCAAGAGAGUUUUUGUAACAACUGCAUGAAAAUAAAACAAGUGUACACCAUAAAUGUAGUGUGUCA